UGUUGGAUCGGUUACUUUGCAAAGGAGGCAGUAGAGAGGGGGAAAUAAGAGUGGGGCGGGCUAAAGGCUUAUUUACAAAGUCUAAGCCCAUCACUCUCACACACACACACACACACACACACAGUCGGUGCACCCAGAGAGACACACAGAGAGAGAGACGGGCCGGGUAAACCCAGCGGGGACUUUCAUUUGGGGAAGUUCGAUUCACUUGAUCUGUGGCUCCCAGAGCCCGGUUUGUUCAGUAUCGAACUGAGCCACGCAGCGAAAGGACACAGACCUGUCAUUGCAGAAGAUGAGGGAAACUAUGCCCCAAACGCCAAUCUUCCCAAGCAUGCUUGGCACCAGUUGUAGCAGUCAUGUGCAGCCAGACAUGCAGGAGAAGUGCGGAGAUCCAGUAUACCAGGACGGCAGUCUGGUGUCGGGAUCCCUCGAGGUACUGAUAGAGCGCUUGGUACCCACGGUGGAUUACUAUCCUGAUCGGACUUACAUCUUCACCUUCCUCCUGAGUUCGCGUGUCUUCAUCCACCCUCAGGAGCUGCUGGCACGAGUCGGGCAAAUCUGCACCAAGCAGUUGGAGACUGGAUCAGAGGCAGAUAAGGCUCGGGUCAAGGAAUUUGUCCCGAAAAUCAUCCAGCUUCUGACCGAGUGGACCGAAACAUUCCCACAUGAUUUUCAGGAUGAGAAAUCGAUGAAGGAACUCAAGGAGAUCACGCACCAGAUAGCACAGCGCGAUGAGGAAAACUCCAGCGUGAAGAAAAGCAUUAGCCAGAUGACCCAAAACCUGAUCCGCAACCUCUCGGCCCACAGUCAGUACCAGGAGGCACGGGAAAUAAUCAAACCGUCAGUCACGGAUAAGCAGACCAUCUUGAAGUCCAAGACUCAGUCCAGCCAGAAGGACAUACUGAGCGUUUGCACUGAUCCCUGUGUCUUAGCUCAGCAGCUAACCCAUAUCGAAAUGGAUCGAUUAAUGCACAUUACCCCAGAGGAGCUGGUGCUUAUAUUCAACCACAUGGAUUCAAUGGACAAUCAUAAGGGUUGCCGUAGCGACAUCAAGAAGACCUACAACUUGGAAGCCUGCGACAACUGGUUCAAUCGGCUCAGCUCGUUGGUGGCCACCGAGAUAUGCAGAGUUGGGAAAAAGAAGCAGAGGACACGGAUGGUGGAAUUUUUCAUUGACGUGGCAAGAGAAUGUUUCAACAUCGGAAACUUCAAUUCGCUCAUGGCGAUUAUAUCUGGCAUGAACCUCAGCCCCGUUGCCAGACUGAAGAAAACUUGGUCGAAGGUCAAAAAGGCAAAAUUUGAAGUUUUGGAAAAUCAUAUGGAUCCUUCCAGCAAUUUCUCUCACUACAGAACAGCUCUUCAGGGGGCAGUGCAGAGAUCCCAGACAGCGCACACUAACCGUGAGAAGAUUGUCAUUCCAGUUUUUAAUCUCUUCAUCAAAGACAUCUACUUUCUGAACAAGAUACACGCCAACAGACUGCCUAACGGGCAAAUUAACUUUAAGAAAUUCUGGGAAAUUGCCAAACAGAUCAGUGAGUUUAUGAUGUGGAAACAGGUAGAAUGUCCCUUUGAAAAGGACAAGAAGAUCAAAAACUAUCUCCUGACAGCUCCUGUCUACACAGAAGAAGCACUUUACUUGGCUUCAUUUGAGAGUGAAGGACCUGAGAACCACAUGGAGAAGGACAGCUGGAAGUCACUCAGGGCCACACUGUUAAACCGGGCGUGAAGCAGCCACUUUGUGCACACAGAACUCCGCAAAUCAUUUGCACUGCAUCCGAUUUUCGCUCCGUUUGGAAGAGAAGAGACUUGGUUUGGUCACUCGCUUUAAAUUUGUAAAUUUGGUUUAGAUUCGGAUUCGGAUCGUGACUGUACAGAGAGAAAGAGGCCAACUCUAGGGGCUUUGGUCCCACUGGCUGGGAUAAGUUUAUUCAAUGCCUUUUACAGCAGACAAUGUGCUAUGACUUAAAGUCACUUGUAAAAUAAUUGGAAGACUACGAGAAGGAAGAAGACUGACUUUUGCCACGGGGCUGGACCCUUUAAUAAAGAGAAGCAUCACGGGAGAUCCCUGACUGCUGUUUCUAUGGAUACUGGUAGAAAUAGGACAAUGGCAGCCUAUGAGAAAUUCCUACUACUGUCAAUUCAUCCUUUGUUUUGUGACAACUUGCUGCUUCUGUUUGUGUGUGUGUGUGCGUGCGAGUGAGAGAGAGAGUGGGAGAUAGAGUGAGUUACGGGUAUAAACAGAACAGAAGGGACUAUAUUGCACCAGCCCAGAAUCCUGCUGAACCUAUGUCGGGGCAGGGGAGAGGACAAACUUUAAACAGACAAGAUUAUCCAAGGCAGAGAAUUGAUCAUCCAACAUGGAGAAUGUAAGGGUGUUUGUAGACUGCAUCUUAUAGACAGACCAUUUUAUAAAGCAACCCCAGUAUGCUGCCUAUUCAGAAUGUGCAGAUUUAUUUAAUGUUGUGAACUAUAACUCAUAGUUUUCAUUGCUCUUAUGGAUUGAAGAAUAUUUAUUUUGUGCACCAACAACGUCCCACUUUACACACAGUAAAAUGAAGGACUCAUUUUCUGCCCGAAUGCGUAGAUCGUUCAGUAACACCUAAAACCCGUCAGUCACAAGAACGAGGGGAUCCACGACUUUGCCAUACUGCGGUGAAUCGACAACAAAUACUGCCUCUCCAACUCAACCCCAUCUUACAACGGUUUACCUCGUCCACAAAAGCAUUCAUUCAAGGCAACCUUACAAAAAUGUUCAAGUUGAAAGUGCCUGACUUGCUGAGCGUCUUCUACAUUUUCUGGUGCUCAUGUUAACACCAAACUGUUAUUUGAUGUUGACUUAGCUCGUAAAGUUUAAAAGUGCCUAAAUUCUAUAUAAGAUGCACCCCCCCCCCCCAAAAAAAAUCUAAGGCUGGUCUCACUCUGCCAGACCCCACACCAGGGAUCAGUGCAGGAUAAUUAGUCCGGUACUGAUCGUGUGUCCCAUCUGUAUUAUUGUGCAUGGGUUGUGUGUGGAGGCCUAUAAAUACACAGUGGACAGCAACCACUGUGCACCUAUCUCCAGCAUUAGAUAGAAAGUUAAACUUGUCAACCUUGGGCGAAACCCAUCCUAGUUAUCCCUCAUAGUUUGGAAAGCAGGUCCAGGAUGAGUUUUGUGCAAAGGGUGUGUUAAACUGCUCAAAGGAGAAGCAGGACCCAAGCAUCGUUUGCCUGGUAUUCAAUAGGGAACAUUAUUGCUGUGGCUCUAGUGGGCAGAUAAUGAAAGGGCAACCUGUGAGAUGUCCAUUCCACCAACACAACUGAUGCAUGGUUGAUAAAUGAAUGGUCAGAGCAAACGUAAUUAGUAUAGAUGAUUUAGAUAUACUAAACUAGUAUAAAUGGGUACGAUAGUUGGCAGGGACAUUGUAGGCUGAAGAGCUUGUUUCUGUGCUCUAUGGCCCUACACUCCUUAUAGAAGUGCAUGGGACAUGAACCAGCUCCAAUAUAACACUGCAUCAUUCUGGUGCCCAGGGCUGGCAAAGUGUUUCUCUCUUUACAUCGGGUAAAGGAUGGGUUCCUGGCAGUGUUCCCAGAGCAGGAUAGUCAAACUGGGUCGAACUAUAAUCCCAGGAUCUGCUCUAACUAAAUCUGUGAAAAGGCUUUGGAUACUUCACAGAAUUCCACGAGCAGGCUAAGAGAUUCCUGCGCCCCCAUAAUAUGGUCUGUGAUAAUCUCAUUCUCCCUCCCGAGAAUCCCAUGGAAACUAAAUCAGGACAGUGGGAGCUCUAAUUAUUGUACAACCGCAGCAUAACCUUUCUUUUAGACUCUCACAUUAAACACAGUUUGGUCAUGAGACAGAGAAAGAACCAGCUAUUUACGUACUUUUGUAGUACAUUCACUGGUGCAAAGUGGUAUACAAAAUGCCGCAAAUCUUUCAUCUGAAAUAUGUACAAAAAAUGGUGAAAAAAUCCUCAGCAGGUCAGGCAGCAUCUAUGAGCAGAGAAAAAGAGUUAGUAUUUCAGGUCGAAGACUCUUCAUCAAAGAGUUGAUGAAAAGUCACUUUCACUUUCGUUGGGGGUUCCUUAACCUGUUGUUUUGCCUGGAUGAUUUAGGCCCAAAGUGCUCAUUCUAACUACAUGCCGGUCCCACAUUGUGUAAUUCCUUUGCCCUCCCCCUGACACAUCCAUUGUUACUGUGGGUAUGGGAUGGCCACUACUGUCAUUAAAAGCUGUUCCUUCCCCAUAGUCAUCAAUAAAUACACUGACAUCACACUUCUACCUUUAAUGAACAACAAGAAACAAUGAAAAAUUUGUUAGCAAGGCAAUCCUCAUGUGGGCUAAAGCGCAUUGGAUUAGUUACAUGUUCAACGGCAGGAAGGUUUGCGUUCCAAUUAGAUCAAAGAGCAUUCAUCCUUAUUCACUGUGACAUAUAACCCAUUCGCGUCACUGGUUGGUGCAGUGCCGCUGAUACACACCUCACCUUGCCAGACCCCGGGACCCCCGAGUAUUUACCUGAAACGUACAUAAACAUUGCUGAAGGAAGUGACAGCUGCAUGCUUUUUAAUCUUUACAAGGACAGGGCUUUUGUCUGGAUUUAUUGACUCAUGGCACCUAGAGAGAUCAUCGCGUGCAGCCAAGGACAAGAAAUUAUUCAACAAAUCCUCCAGGCAUUUUCUGAAGCUCACCAUGUGCAUUUAUAAUUUUGAAAGAAAAUUUAACAACCUCGUUCUGAGAUGCUGCUCAUGUUGAAGUGGGAACAGCAUCUAAAUCGAUCGAGUAAACGGCAGCUCCUUCUUAGAAACUGACUCGGGUCGGGUGCGUGGGCAAAAAUAGUUUGUGGGUUCCUGCAUUGUGAGCAAGAGACCGAUUCAACGGCACUUGCAAGCAGAUCAGAAAGCACUGGCUUCAGUGUCACUUGACCAGAAGGCUAUCACAGAAACCACACCAGUAUCAACACAGCUCCCUCUUGUAUCUAUCCAGAACUUAAAGCAAGCUCAAAUCUCUAUAUAUGCCUCCUCCCUUGAAAGGAUAACAACAUCCUUCACUUCCUUGCAUGGGAGAUAAUUCACACCCUCCCCAAAGAAUGUCAGGCCUGAAAAUGAAUCUUUUAUUUUAUCCCCCCCCCCCCCCCCCUCUGGAGGGUUUAUGUGUUCAAAAGCACUGAAUGCAUCAUGCAACAGUCUCAAUGUUUUAAUUGUUUGGUUUUGGUUUUUAUAAAGAUACAAACACAAAAAAUAAAUUAUGUGAAAAUCA